CGGCGCGUCUCCUCGUUGCCGUAGGGUUUUUCUCAUCGCUUCUCUUACCAGAGCCACCUCCUCAGCAGGCCGCAGCUACUCCACGGUGACGGCCGCCAUGAGAGCCCUCCUCUCCCUCUCCCGUCUCGCCCGACGGCUUCCAGCUUCUCUCAGCCCUGUGAGGGCGCCGACAACAUUACUCCUCCGGCACAUCCAUGCGGACGCCCCUCCGCCACCGCCAUCUCAUGACUCGACGCCCUUCGUCUCCCGCAUCCUCGAAUCGGAGCCGUGCCUGACCCCGAACGACGAGUCGGAGCCGGCAUCCGAUCCGACCCUCGACGAGUUCCUCGCGCGCUUCGUGGCUGCCUUCCGCCCGCGACUGGCGGCUGCCUUCCCCAACCAUGACCGUGACGUGCUCGACGAGAUGCUCCGCCUCGUCGCGGACGCCGUGCUGUGCCGCCUCACCGGGACCGACCGGGGGGGCGAUGCUAUUGAGCUCAAUGACGACCUCUGGGCGGCCGUAUGGGAGGUCAGCGCCUCCGUGCGCGAGGCUAUGCGCCGGGAUCAGGUCCGCGCCGACCUUCGCCAAUACCUUCACUGCGACGAGGUGAAGGAGAUGACGCGGUUCGCUGUCGAUGUCGGCAUCCGCGGUUCCAUGCUCCGGGAGCUCCGCUUCAAGUGGGCCGGCGAGAAGCUCGACGAGGUCGAGUUCUAUCGCGGCCUUGAUGACAAGCACGCCGAUGCCGAGGCCGGCGCCGACCGGGCGCCAGUGCCGAGGCUGACUGCUUUGCCGAAGAGGAAGGGAGAGGUGAAGUUCACGAUGUACGGGCUGGACAUGUCUGACCCAAAGUGGGCUGAGGUGGCGGAGCGAGUGGCCGAGGCUGAGGCGCAUUUUGUGCCUGAGGAGGCCAAGGCUGUAGAAGGGAGGGCGAAGAAGGCUGAGGAGCGGCUGCUGUCCGUUGACCCGAGGAGUGGAGAUCCGGUGCCUGCCAUUGAGGAGUGGAAGGAAGAUCUCAGGCCAAACCGUGUCGAUUGGAUAUCUCUGCUUGAGCGGAUUAAGGCACGGAAUGUCGAGUUAUACCUCAAGGUUGCUGAAAUUCUGCUAGAUCAAGAAUCUUUUGAGGCAAACAUCCGAGAUUACUCAAAAUUAAUUGAUCUUCAUGCUAAAGCAAAUAAUGUGGAAAGUGCAGAGAGAGUACUUGGUAAAAUGAAAGAGAAGGGUAUUGCACCUGAUGUCAUCAUAUCCAUCGUAUUAGUCCACAUGUAUAGCAGGGCAGGCAAGCUAGAGCAGGCCAAGGAGGCUUUUGAUUUUAUUCGUAGGGAGGAUUUUAAACCAGAUCGGAAACUCUUCAGUUCAAUGAUUAAAUGCUAUAUCAACCAUGGAGAACCAGAACAAGCAGAAAAUCUGAUAAAAGUUAUGAGGGAUACACGUGUCAAACCCACUAGAGAAAUCUACAUAGGUCUCUUACGAUCAUAUGUUCAGCGAGGCUUGAUGGCAUAUGCAGAGAGGGUUCUUAAGACAAUGUCAUUUGAUAGAGUCGAGCCUACACAGGAACUCUAUACAAUAUGUAUAGAAGCAUAUGGACGUGUUGGUGAUCCAAAAGAGGCCUGUGCCAUGUUUGAUCAAAUGAGGAGGAAGUUUGGACACGAAGCAGAUGACAGUUCAAUUGCUGGUGUGGUGGCCGCAUACAUGAAGAAUAACCAACUAGACCAUGCUUUGCAGUGGCUGCUGAGUUUAGAGAAGGAAGGACUUCAACUUGGUGUCAAGACAAAUCUCAUGUUACUGGAUUGGUUGUCUAUGUUGCAGCUAGUUCCGGAGGCUGAACAGUUUGUGCAGAAGAUAAAGAAUCUUGGAGAAGAGCCCAUAGAAGUCCAUGUGUUCCUUGCCGAUAUGUAUGCGAAGUCGUCCCAGGAAGAUAAAGCCCGCAGGUCCCUCAAGAUCUUGGAAGAGAAGAAGAAACUAUUGAAGUCUGAUCAGUUUGAGAGGGUUAUAAGAGGCCUUGUCGAUGGUGGGUUUUCGGAGGAGGCAAAUAAAUUCUACAAAAUGAUGAAAUCCUGUGGCUUUGAACCAUCAAAAACAAUCGAGGUCGCUGUUAAGGCUCUCAGGAUUAGGGGCGGUUCUCAUCGCACUGGUAGGUAGAGCCUGUACGCCGGCAGAGUGGCAGUGAUCUACUGGGCACGCAGUCAGGCAAAGAGGGAUUCUGGUGUGAGAACCUUGUGGCACUGACACGGUACAAUCAAAUUGACAAAACUCAGUGCUGAAAGAUGGUUUGGCCAAUUUUUUUUUUCUGGUUGUCAAUUGUCUCGAGGCGCGACGUUGCUUCCAUAGACUAUGUAGUUAAUAGGUCCUGGCUAAAUGACUUUGUUGUUUCCAGUGAUCAGGAUUUUCACUUGUAUUAGAUGAGGUUUGAAGUGAUUGUAACACUGAUCCAUCUUUCAGGUUGUGCCAAGGAAAACAUAUAUCCGCGAUUAGUGGUUA